CCAAAAAUGAACAAUGAAAAUACAACAACAACAACUACAGCAACAACAACGAACUUGACGCCAACAACGACAAUUACGGGAACAUCUAUACUACUACCGACAUAUCGGAAUCCAAUAAUGAAAUCCGAGGAGGACGACCUAAUCGCCUUCAACCAGGAGACGAUUAAGAGUACUACCGGACGUACCAGUAACAGUACACCGAUAGUGACAGCAGCGGAAACCGCCAAACCAAGAGUGGAAGCCUCCACUUCCAAUGCUGCCAUUAGCACCAACCAAAGUGCACUGGUAGCUAAAGUAGACAACCGCCACAAGAAACGCAAAAAAACACAGAAUCAACUGAGGAAACGCCGGUACCAGCAAGCAGUCUUUAUACUUGGUAAGAAGGCCAAAGAUCAGGAAGCCGGAACCCCAGUAGAUGAGGACGAAAUCAAGCGCCUUAAACAGAUAGUGGAGGAUUACGAAAUCUUCCUGAAAAAGAAGCAAUCCGAAUCUCAAAACGAAAGUACAAAUCAAAGCAGUUCCCUAAAAAGGAAUCACUCAAUCACCGAAUCGCAAGGCACUCUGCCCAAAAAACCUAGGCGGAGUGAAGGGGAACAAAGCAGCUCAACAGCGGCAAGACAUUUCUGCGAUGUAGCCAGAGAUGGCCUACAAGUAGCCGUUAUAGACGUCAACUCCUCCUCACCAAGCACAGUGCAGGAACGAUGGGUGGAGAUCGACGUCAGAUUGUCGAGUAUGGUGCUAAGCUAUGUACUUGACAAUCCUGCGGGUCCUUACCCUGAGUUUGACUCUUCUGAAACCGUCAGGGGUUACAGGGUCAUCAAGUGCGCGGACCAGAGCUCUCUAGAUUUCCUAACGGGUAGCGUUGCUAAAAUUAGCAACGCCUUUGUAGGCCUCCAACUGAGGCUUAUACCCGCCAAGGAUAUCCCGAAGAGACCUCGUGCUCGCAUUUGGCUACCUCCUCUAGAGGACCCAGGCGAAAAACUCCUCAAGUGUAUCAAGCUGCAAAACAGAACUAUACCAGGUAUAAAUAAGUGGCAGCUGAUUAAGGAGGAGAAACCAAACAAAGCAAGUAGACCAAUUCUAGUGGCGAUUUGCGAUGAGUCCAUAGAAGCUCUUACGAAGGCUGACAACAAAAUCAGCUUCGGCAUUCGCAAGGCCAGGAUAAAAAUCUUCCAAGGCGACAAAGCGGCUGACGAAGACGACACGGACGAGGUCGACGACGCUAGCCAGCUGCUAAGGAACGGUGACAUCAAGGAACCCCAAGAUGAACAAUAACCUUAGAUAUGUGCAGAUAAAACUGCAGCACUCGAAUAGUGCUACAGCCAAUCUGACAACGCUUAUUAACGAGAGGGCAUCGACAUCAGCCUUAUACAGGAGUUUCGGUUAAUGAAGACACUAUUAAAGAGCCAAACAGCAGUAACGGUAACAUUAUUUACACACGUAACGAAGUAGAGCAGAUAUCACAGUAGAGCAAAAGAAAAAUACCAUACCACCGGCAUCACUCAUUAAAGUAAGCGAGGACAACAAAAAAGGAUGACUUCCUAAUAAGGUGUGAUGCCAACGCAAGGCACACCUUAUGGGGAAGCGCCAAUACAAACACCAGAGCGCACUCUGGGCUUACAUUAAGCUGCUGCGUCUAACCAAAAGAUAUGAACGUGAAAAUCUCACCAUCGCCGACAUAUUCCAAAUGCAAGUCAAACAGAAUCCAAAUAAAUAUGCGAUAAUCAGCGAGACACAACAAUGGACCUUUCGUCAAUUGGAUGAAUUUUCAAAUCGCGUUGCGAACCUCUUUCAUGCACAAGGCUUUCGCAAGGGUGACGUGGUCGGCUUGCUAUUAGAGAAUCGCGCUGAAUUCGUCGGCAUUUGGUUGGGUUUGUCGAAAAUCGGCGUUAUCACACCAUUGAUCAACACCAAUCAGCGUGGCCCAUCACUUUUACACAGCAUUACUGUGGCGCACUGUAAAUCCUUGAUUUUCGGUGAAGGUUUCAAAGAUGCCGUAGAAGAUGUACGUAAUGAUAUACCCGCUGAUGUGCCGCUAUAUCAAUUCAAUAAUGAAGCAAAUGGGGAGGUAAUCGCAACGGCGCGUGAUAUGACUACAUUGCUGGAAACGGUAGAGAGACGUAAAGUAGCGACCACAGCGGAUCGCGCCAAUCAUCAUGAUCGUCUGGUCUAUAUCUAUACGUCGGGUACGACUGGAUUGCCUAAGGCGGCGGUGAUCUCACACGCGCGCUAUCUUUUCAUUGCGGCUGGCAUUAACUAUACCAUGGGUUUCCGUCAGGACGAUAUCUUCUAUACACCACUACCACUCUAUCAUACUGCCGGCGGCAUUAUGAGUAUGGGUCAGUCUGUUCUAUUUGGUUCUACCGUAGCGAUACGCAAGAAGUUCUCCGCCUCCGGCUACUUUGCUGAUUGUGUCAAAUUCCAGGCUACCGUCGGUCAAUACAUUGGCGAGAUGGCACGUUAUAUACUCGCUACCCCAGCAUCCCCCAACGAUCGCGCCCAUCAAGUGCGUCUCAUUUUCGGCAAUGGUUUGCGGCCGCAAAUCUGGCCACAAUUCGUCGAACGUUUCAAUAUACCCAAAGUAGGUGAAUUCUAUGGCGCUACGGAGGGUAAUGCAAAUAUUAUGAAUAAUGAUAGCACAGUCGGUGCGAUUGGUUUCGUCUCACGUAUACUGCCGAAAGUAUAUCCCAUCUCAAUACUGCGUGCCGAUCCUGAUACCGGUGAGCCAAUACGCGGCACCGACGGCCUCUGUCAACUAUGUGAACCCAACGAACCUGGCGUAUUUAUUGGUAAAAUUGUUAAAGGUAAUUCAGCACGUGAAUUUCUCGGUUAUGUGGAUGAGAAAGCUUCGGCAAAGAAAAUCGUACACGACGUAUUUCACAAAGGAGAUAUGGCUUUCCUCUCCGGUGAUCUUUUGGUUGCGGAUGAACGCGGUUAUUUGUUCUUUAAAGAUCGUACCGGCGAUACAUUCCGCUGGAAGGGUGAAAAUGUGUCGACUAGCGAGGUGGAGGCGCAGGUUAGCAAUGUUGCAGGUUAUAAGGAUACUGUUGUUUACGGCGUAACCAUACCACAUACCGAGGGACGAGCUGGCAUGGCUGCUAUUUAUGAUCCUAACAACGAAGUGAAUUUGGAGGUGUUCGCCGAGAAAUUGGCGAAGGUUUUGCCUACGUAUGCGCGUCCACAAUUUCUACGUUUCCUCACCAAAAUCGAUAUGACCGGCACAUUUAAGUUGCGCAAAGUGGACUUGCAAAAGGAGGGUUUCGAUCCUACUACCAUUAAAGAUACAAUUUACUAUCAGACGCCGAAAGGCCGCUAUGAAAUGCUGACACCGGAGAUUUAUGAAAAAAUCAAUGCUCACGAAUUGCGUUUUUAAGCGCAUUUAAUCACUGUUGAACGCGUCGCCUCUUUUGUGAGGUUAUGUUUGCCUGUUUUCUAGAGUUUAAGCAUUUUCUAUUAAAAUAAAAAAACUUUGUUACGUUAGUUUUUAGUACACUCUUUGUUCACACAAAGUUUGUCAACUAAAGAUCAACUAUACUUUUUUUAUUACUUCGUACAAUCAUAUGUAAAAAUUGUUAUCUUGCUGUUAGAAUUAGUUGGUAGAAUAAUAACAUUAUGUAGUAUAACACUUGUAAAUAUAAAUUGUUUACACUAGGUUCGACGAAUUUCUAUCGAUUAAACGAUAAUUGUUUGAUAAGAAACUAUUACAGCUUAAGUUUAUUCUAGCUGAAUUCCUUUAAAAUACUAUAUAAGACGGUUGAGGUUUACGUACCUAAAGCUGUUAAAGACUUUAAAUACAUAAUAUAUAUAUAUAUAUAUACAUAUUUCUAGUACGCACAAACCGAUUUGGAAAAUAAAAUGAGAUUAAAGUUUCAAUAAAUUUUUUAAUUUUAA